CUAACAUCACCAUCAGAAAUGGUCUAAGCAGAACACAAGACAACCAACAACAGCCUCACCAGAAGAUAGUACGUCGCAGGGAGGGAUGACAGGGCUGUUUCUUGUGCUGAGUAUCCUUGUCCUUGCGCACGCUGCAAAGGGAUCUUCCGGAAGCCUCAGGGAUCCAGAGAGGAAGCGGCUCGCCUGCCACCCUGCAGACGCUCUUGAGGUCACAGUAGGGGACGACUUCGACGCCAAGAAACUCGAUACCAACACGUGGAUGGUGCUGGAGGGGUGCAGCAAGAAGAUGUGCCGCCGGCCAGACAAGGUGCAGCUGAGGGAUGGGAACCUGGAGCUGCACAUGGGCCCUUCGAAGCCAUACAAAGCAGCCGACGGACGCGUCUUCUCGUACGAAGGAGGCGGCAUUUUGAUGAACGAAACGCUUCACUUUGGCUACUACGAGGCGCGAGUCGCAUUCUCUGGUGCGCCGGGUUACGUCCAAGUCUUCUGGACCACCACCUCUCCCAGCUUUCUCGAGUGAGCAACCCAGGCAAACGAUGCGCUGCUCGUUGAUCCUGUUCUGUUGUUCGUUUCUGUUUGGGUCAUGCAUCUGGCAGGCCCGUUGACGGUCCACAGCAGGAGUUUGACGUGGUCCAGUACCCAGGCAACAGAAGCUACUACGAAAUCACCACAUGGCGGUGGAGCCCUGAGCCGUAUGCUAUCGUCGGGAAGAGCCGCAUCCUUCUGCAGCAGCCCACCAGGCUGUCAGCCAAGGCCUCUGAAGGCUGCCCCUUGAUGACGCCUGCACUCUCCAAGUCGUUUACUAAAGAGAAGCUGGAGGAGCUCGGUGACAACAAGUGGGAGGGGGAGCCAGAACCGAUGAAGCCUCCGUCAAACGAGACGGACGCCGAGGACGCACAAGCCGCCCAGCUGGACAUGACAGGGUGGCAUACGUAUGGCUUACUCUACACACCUGAACAGGUACGACCACACAGCAGGACAGCACACGCGUGUGUGUGUGUGUGUGUGUGUGUGGCUCACUGCUUCUCUUGUCCAUUGAUUGCUGCUCACAGGCCUUUUUCUACCUAGAUGGUGUGCCGAUACGCAUGAUCGAUCUGGCGAAGGCCCUGCCUGGUGAUGAGCUGGCCCGCCAGCACGUGCUGCUGACGACACAAGUGACGGGGGAGACUGUGGGGGAGGUUGGUGAUGCGAGUGGCGUCAUGUAUGUGGACUACUUCAGAUUUCAUCAGCUGCCUGGCUCCGAGACGCAAUGAAUGACUUGUGCGUGUCGGGCUGACGUUCCCGAUUGAUCCAUUUAGACACCAG